UAAAAGAGCAAAACAGACCAAACAAUCUAAACCAUUGCAACAAUGGGUGAUAAUCUUGAGCAUGAAAACCCUCCUCCUCAGGUGAUCAUGCCCAGGGUCAUAACCUUGCUCUCUUCUCUCCUUCACAGAGUGGCCGAGUCCAACGAUCUCAACCGUCCCUUUGAUGCCCAGAAAGUCUCUGUAUUUCAUGGCCUCGCCAGACCUACAAUCUCAAUCCAAAGCUACCUAGAGAGGAUCUUCAAGUUCGCCAAUUGUAGCUCAUCGUGCUUCGUUGUCGCCUACAUUUAUCUUGAUCGGUUCGUGCACAGCCAACCACUUUUGCCGAUCAAUUCCUUCAAUGUGCAUCGGUUGCUCAUUACCAGUGUCUUGGUUUCUGUCAAGUUCAUGGAUGAUAUGUAUUACAACAAUGCUUACUAUGCCAAGGUUGGGGGAAUCAGCACAAGGGAAAUGAACCUCCUUGAAGUGGAUUUCUUGUUUGGUUUGGGCUUCCAAUUGAACGUGACACCAAACACAUUCCAUACCUACUGUUGUUGUCUCCAAACAGAGAUGUUGCAAUUGGGAUCUCCUCUAAAUAUAGUGAGAACACCAAAGCUCCAUUGUUGCUCUAGUGAAGAUGAAACCACCCAUCAACAGCAAUUGGCUGUGUAGUGGGUGUUUGGAUGCAUUUUGAACCUAUAUGAAGACCUAGUUUUGUGAAAACCAAUGAUGCACUCAAACCCAUGUAAGCUCAAGGACAUGUUCAAAGUCAUAAGUGUAUUGGCCAACAAAAAAAAGUUCCAAAUUUCUCCAUCUCAUUGACUUUAAUGUGGUAUUAAGCAAAAUCCAUCUAAUGGCAUGCUCAAAGCUCAUUAUUAAGCUUAAUCUUGCCCAAUUAGAGCCCUAUUGUCCUUUAA